AACGAUUUCCUUGGUGUGAAGAUUCAACAUGGCUAAAUAGAGGUGCAGCCACCUUGGAGCUACUCAGAGAAAAUCAACUAAAAACACAGUCCAGUAUUUCAGAGGACUCGUCCCUGGCUGUGUAUUUAUCCUGAGAACUAACAGCUUCCCAGAAGAAACAUCACGCAAGGGAGGGCACUGGAGUGUUCUUAGAGAAAAAUUCCAUGGGGACUGUACCUGACCCUCUGAGAUCCACAAAAGCUUCCCUGAUUGCAGUUGCUGGAAGAGAAGAGCCUCAAGAACUGCAGGCUGCCUCACCCCGGCACCAACCAGCUCAACUGGGUAGGGAUACCAAUGGCCUUGCGGGCUUCCCUACAGAACCCAGCCUCGGCCCCAGAACAGCUGCUGAGUCUCUGAUGCAGGCUUUUGAGCAUGAGACCACCCAGCCAGACAUGUCUUCCCCUGGUGUCUUCAAUGAGGUGGCGAAGGCAUCUCCCACACACAAUUCUCCUGGUCAUUCCCAGCUGCCAGGAAGCAGCGAGCCCAUAGCACCAGCCCAGAGUCCCACAGGCAGAAAGGAUCUUAUACGCACACCAUUGACAAUGCCAGCCCAUCAGCACAUUCACCAGGCCACCCAAGGUGAACGGCCCAGUGCCAGUGCCUCAGGGGUACCUGAAGAUUCCUCAGUGACGUUGCAGAGAACCUCAGAUGGAGAGCAACCUGAGAGGUUAAGUUGUCCUGCCGUGGGCACCGGUGGCAGCAACAAAGAGCAAGUGCUCUGUGAUUUUCCUUCUGAGGAAACUAUCCAGGGAAUGGCACCGACUCCAAAUACAGAAGCCAUGGUGUGCAGUCCUUCAUCCUGUCCUGCAGGUGGACAAGAAAGAAAAAAGGAGCAAGCUGUCUGUGACUCCAUGGGUAGGUCCUGUGACCCCCCAGCAGGAGAAGAUGGAUGUGCAGACAACAAACAGCCCCCGGCCACUGCCUCCUCAAACACCCGAGGUGUAACUUCUCCUCUACCCCACCUCACUAGCAAAGGCUCCACGUGUCCUCCAGAUCCAGAGAAGGAGCUGUUGCCAGCACAUGAGGUGUCAAGGUUCAAAGAAGCCAGCACGAUGACCAACCAAGUUGAAAAUGUAAAGGAAGUCUCCAGCAGAACCCAGCAAGAUGCUGAGGUACAGGCAGUGGCGAGUGUGGAGAGCAGAUCUGUCUCCACCAGCCCUAGCAUCCUCACUGCAUUCUUAAAGGAAAUCCCUGCCCCUGAGCUUUUGGAACAACAAGAGCAGCUGCGUGUCAUUUUCCAUGGUAGUGGUAGUGAGAGCCAUGUGCUAGAACUCUCUAACACCAUGCCAGAACUUCAGGAAUCGGGUCAGUGUCCUGGCACUAUGCCACAGGUGCACAUCCAGGUGGCUUCAGCUGUUUCUGCAGCUGUCCAAGGGGACCAUAAACCAGUGAACCAACCAGAUGAAGUCCUUAAAACCACGUCAAUCAAUGUGGCCUGCAGUCAUGCCCAUGAUAUUUUCAAAGAGGAUGGGAAGUCAGCAGGAAUGACCCCUCCCGAGGAAGAGCCAACCUGUACACAGCUUUCAGGUACUAAUUCUAGCUCCCUGAAGUCUAGCUCCACUAACCAUAUUUCUAGCAUUGCAGGCACUGAAGCUGACAAUAGUCGUGGUUUGGGGAAAUAUGAAACUGAGCUCUCUGAGUUUGUAGUGAAAACCACAGAGGACCACAAAACAGGUUCAAAUUGCAAACACUCUGACUCCUGUACCAGAAGAGAUGACCAGUCCAGGAGUUCGGAGCCCACUAAUAAAGGAGGUGCAAAGGAGAGGAAGUCUGAGUCUUCUCGAAUAGUAAAAGAGCAAGAGUCUGUUGGCACCAGUGCUCCGGAUGCUAAGACACUACUGCUCCAUCCUAAAUCUAAAGAAAAUGGAGGUUCGGGAUCCACACCCUCCCCACUUAAGAAGAACCAGGAAGGCGUCUCAGAAGACAACAGACAGACCAAGACGGCCACAAGCCUAAGCCUGCCAUCCGAUUCCAUGGGGGACUCCAGCCCAGGUUCUGGAAAGCGGACCCCUUCUCGCUCCGUCAAAGCCAGCCCACGCCGGGCCAGCCGGGUCAGCGAGUUCCUCAAGGAGCUGAAUGUGACAGCGGCCGCUGCUCAGGUGGGACUCACGCCAGGAGAGAAGAAGAAGCAGCUGAGCACAGACUCCAAGCUGAAACAGUCCAAGCGUGUCAGGGACGUGGUGUGGGACGAGCAGGGCAUGACCUGGGAAGUGUACGGUGCCUCGCUAGACCCGGAGUCCCUGGGAAUCGCCAUCCAGAACCAUUUACAAAGACAAAUUAAGGAACAAGAGAAAUUAAUCAAAACGCAAAGUGGUCAGACCCGGAGAUCCAUUUCCUCAGAUACUUCUUCAAAUAAGAAGCUCAAAGGCAGGCAGCAGAGUGUUUUCCAGUCCGUGCUGCAGAACUUUCGACGCCCUAACUGUUGUGUCCGUCCUGCCCCAUCUUCUGUGUUAGACUGAAAAGGAGUCCAAGUAUACAUCCAUGGUAUUCAUGUGUGCCCAUCUAUGCCAAGGAAGAGACCAGGAAGAAAAAGCAAGUGUUAACUACAGCCACUUGAUUAAGAAAGUGUGUGUCCUUUAACUGAUGGCCCAUAAGUAAAAAUGCCAUUUCAACUGGAAAGUAAGCAGGAGAAGAAAAGCAAAUUUCACCGAAGGUUUUCAUCCCUAAAUAAGUGAAAAUACUGUUCAACGGGUUGUAAAAAAAAAUAUGGUGUUGCUUAUAGAAAUAACAUUAUCAUUGUACAUGUGUCAUUUUGUAUCACUGCCUCAAUUUAUCACAUGAUGGUAUAUCCAUUAAAGAUCCUCACUUUAUAUUAAAAAGCAAAAAAAAAAAAAAACACUACUAGCAAAAAUCUUACUGCAGUCCUAUUACAGUAAGAAUAUUAUUACCACACAAAAUUUAAGUAGGUAAUAAGAACCACAAUGUAAUAAACUUGAAACAAAUUUGACUUAUUCCUAGGCCAGAUAUCUUUAAAUACAUAAAACACCAAAUAUGAAUUAGCAUUUGUAAAUGUCUUCAGACAACCUUUUUAUCAACCUUGUUACAUAUACAAGAAAGUAAUGUUAGGAAAAUUAACUAAGCUUUUGAAUAUGAGUAAUAUCUAAAUCAACCAUGAAUUUAUAUGUACACAUUUUCCUGUGCAAAAGAUUCUGAACAAAUUAAAUUCUUGUUUUCUUACACCAGAGAAAGUAUAUGGAACUGGAUUCUUGGAAGGAAUCAUCAAAUUAUAAUAAUUGCAGAUUUUAUGUUAUCCUGUAAUAUACUACUGAGAGCAUUACCUUUCUGAUACAGAAUAAUAAAUAGCAGAUUACCAAACACUUUUCUCUGUGUCAAUACAAGGCAAGGCUCCUGAGUAAAAGAAAUACUAUAUUUAAUCUUAAUUUCUGUAAACAGCAUGAAAGUAGUGUAUUUCUUUUGAUUUAGUUUGGUAGCAUCUAGUAACAAAUAUAAUCAACACCAAAUGGAACACAGGCUUUCUUGGAUGAUACAAAUAUCAAUUUAAUUGCUUAAGUCUAUGAUCUGGAGCAAGAAAGUAAUUUCUGAAAAUUUUGAAGUUAGGAAAGAUACCAUCAUGCCUCCACCUUCAAACCCAGCAGAAGAGGUCUUUAAGAAACCAUAGUUUGAGCUUUGAGUGGGCCAAGUCCCCUCAGAACACAAGCACCUGCUUGAGCUUAGUCCUCCCUCAUCUCUGGAAGAGGAGGGGUUUCCAGAGACCCUACCAAAGCCUUGGUGACCAACAGAGGUGUGCAGAUUGUGGUACUGGAGAAAAGGGCAAGAGCUAAAGCACUAGAAAGGCUUUCCUUCCUGGAGUCAUUGUAGGGAGAGCAUCAGUCUCCAUCUCGCAUAAAAAACUGUUACAUGUUCGAGGGGUGCUGGUUAUCAUCUGUGACUUCAUUCCUCCACUGAGCCAGCAAAAAUAAUCUGACCACCUAUUAUGUUCUUCAGAGACUCAAGUACCAUUGGUACCAUCAAUUCACAAUAUCUAGUUUGGCUUGUUUCAGCUUAAAGAGGGGGAAAAAAUCAUUCCCGAGCUUUAACAUCACAAGCUACACUGGGCCCAACCCAAAUUAAUAAAAUGGCUUUGAUUUCUUGCAAAGCAUUUUAACUGUAUAUCCAGCCUGCAGAAGUAGACACAGUGACAGCACUGACAGCAUCCUCACAGCCUGAGAUUGGUAAUUACAGUUGUUAUAUCUGGAAUUUAUAAUGAAUUUUAUAAUGCACAUUUUUCAGUUUCUUACUAAUUGCCCUCUAUUAAGAAUACUAUCUAAAGUAGAAGUUACCACCAAAUUACCAAUCAAAUUAUUAUUAAUGAUUAGAGAUUUAGUUUAAAACUCUUUUGGCCUUAGGCACCCAUUUAUCUCAGUUGCCUUUUCCAGGACACAAUCUUGUCUUCUCACUCUCAGGCUGUCUCCAGCCCAGGAUGGCACACGUGCUGUGUAUACACAGGGUACACUUUGAGUACACAGGGACAGCUGUCAACAGAGCCCACUCUAGAUGGGCAGGCCCCAGGUAAUCCUUGGCUGUGAGACAGAACAGGAUGUUCCUGCAUUAAAACAGAGUAGAAAGAACUCAGCAUCUGGCAAUAAUAUUUAUUUUCAUGAGUUUAGAGUAACCACAUGAUUUAUAAAUAGUUAAUUGAAUCAGUGACCUAAGACAGUUGUAGGCAUUUACACCACAUUAAAUAAAUCAAAACUGUUCAUUUGAUUUUGUGAUUGUGCCUCUCAAAUGAACUCUUCAAAAAAAAUGCUUGAGGUCCGUAAGUUUGGCUUUUUUUGGUGCUAGAACUAAAUUCUUGACUCCUAUAACACUCUAGAAAUUGUCACAAAAUAGAACAAAGGCUUUCUUCUUUUGUUGCUUAUUGAAUCUUAUAGAACUAACAGCUUUUAGAAAUAAUUGAAUGCGUAAAUAAGAUAGGAACCUAUUUAAAAUAGUGUUUUGACAAUAAAUACUUAUUUGAAAUUUUUCCUUCACUUCAGUCAGCAACACAGCGUUAGAAUUUUGCACAUCAUUUGAGAUCCCUUGAGUUCAUUCAAUGAGGAAGUUACAGAAUCGUUUUUCUGGUAGAUCCUGUGAACUUUCUCAGUUAUUCCUUCCUUCACCUGCAUUACACACACUGGGAUGAAAGUUGUUUGAUGUUCCUUAAUACCUUUUACACAUGUAUCUUUGUUUUUGAAAUAUAUAAGAAAUAUUUUAUUAAAUCAAGAUAUAGGAAAUAGUCCUUAGCCCAGUAAUAAAAGUGGUGCAUUAGACUUCAGCAUGUGGGGAAAUCAUUCAUCAUUUACAAUGUGAAGAUAUUAUACCACUUACCAAGUAAAUAUCAGAAAUUUUUAUUUAAAUAUUGAUUGUUCUAUUUUUAUGACCACAAGAAAAGUAUCUUGGCUUCAGCUACCAUAUGUUUAUCUUGAAUGCUUUUGUAAUUAUGUCUUUUUGGAUUAUGGGCUAUUGAUGCCACAGGUCAGCUACUUUACAUACAGUAAAAUCCAGAUUAUCUUUUCUGUUUUGGGUCAGUGGCCUAAACUGAACAUUUUUUUCAGUCAAGUUUAACUAGAAACCUCUUUCUUUGUGUCCAAAGUGAAAUAUUUAUAAAGUGUAUUAAUAUGUUUUCCUACCUUGCCAAGUCCAGCAAUAUUGAAUGUACUUUGGUCUUUGGUAACGCUCUAAUCUUCAAAAUCAUCUGAUACACUUUAUUUUAAGUAUCAGCAUAGGUUAAAAAAUUGGACUAAGUUCACAUGUGUAGCAUAUAACACAGAGGUUGGAUUGGAUUUUGAAACCUUUUUUUUUUUUUUUUUUUUU